AUGGGAUCUUGUACACUCAAAUAGCCACAUAUUUAAUAAAAUAUAAUAGUGGGAAAACAAUUCUCUUGUGAUGAAUAAAAUGAAGAAACUUAAAAUAAUUGUUAACCACCAAUAAUUAUAAAUAUUGAGAAUAUCAGACUAAAUACUGCUUCUGAAGAAUGUGAUAUAUAAAAAAAAAUACAUCAUUUACAUGUUACAAAAAUGCAGCCUUCAACAUUUCAAUCUAAAAAACCUAUAACUUUGCACAGUAAAGAUGGUCUAGAACUUUAGAUCAAUUUAUAAUUAUCAGGAUAUGGUUUGAUUUAAUUCGAUGAUGGCAGUCAUUAUGAAGGGUAUUUCUAAGAAGGAUUAAUUCAUGGCUUUGGUAGAUACACAGAUAUUGAUAAUAACAUAUAUAUUGGUGAAUGGUUUAAAAAUAAAAAAUAGGGCUAUGGUAAAGAAGUUGUGAUAAGUAUCUAUAUGCAUUAUUAUAGAUCAAUAUACAUAUCAAGGAUAAUUUGUUAACAAUUUAAAACACGGUAAAGGUUAUGUUCAAUAUGAAGAUGGCACCAGUUAUGAAGGUUAAUUUGAAAAUAAUAAUUUGAAUGGAUAUGGUGUUUAUUAAGGAGUUAAUGGUUUAAAAUAUGAAGGGUAGUGGCUUGAUAAUUAAAUGGAAGGUUAAGGAAAGUUAACAUUAUCUAAUAAAUCAGUAUAUGAAGGAUCUUUCAAAUAAAAUAAAAAGUAUGGAUAUGGAAUUUACACUUGGACUGAUGGAAAAUAAUAUAAAGGGAAUUGGAAAGAUGAUGUUUAAGAUGGAGAAGGAGUAUUAAUUAGAUAGGAUGGUUAAACUAUUCAAAUUAAAUAUCAAAAUGGUAAACGAAUUGCAUCCAAUCUAAAAAUACUAAGUCCAAUCAGUUUUGAUUGA